GACGUACAACCCGGAACCACGCCUCCUGUUGUUGUUGUGCUGGAGCUCAGCCCCGGAGGAGACGCUGGACAUGUUCUACUGGGUGAAGCGGGCCGCCGCAGGCUCCGGGCCGCUGGACGGGCUCUCUAAGACGGACAUCCUGAGAGGCGUGGUGUCGGAGAAGCUGUCCACGGCCGCGCAGGAGAUCCUGGCCGUGGUGGAGAGGACCGUGGCCGGCUACGAGGAGGAGGCGGCGGCGCUGAGGACGGAGGUGGAGAAGCAGAAGAAACAGCUGGAGCUGCUGCUGCAGCCACGCGUGUCCCUGGAGAGGACAGCUCUGGUCCCGGAUGAGGAAGGUCACGAGGUGGUUGUUUUGAGUGAAGAAGAGGAGGAAGAGGAGGAGAAGAUCACACAUCAGUCAGCGGUGGGCGACACUGGGAGCCUCGGCCUCCUCUGGUUCAACGACGAAGACGAAGAUGAAGAGCGGCGAGCGGCGGCGAGCUCCAGACGGAGACGAGACGACCUGAAGGACCCGGAUUACCAAACCACACCCAGCUGCAGGUUAGUUUCGCCCAGAGGCCGGUCUGACAGGAGGAGACCCGGCAGACCUCGGAGCUGUGACACACAGAGCCUUCUGGUCCUGAGGGUCUGCAUCCUGGAGGACUCUCGGACCCUCGUGCUCUCGAACACCGUUUUUAAGAAGUACCCGGUCCAGGAGGUGAGGUGUCCUCGGGGCCUCCAGGAGGAGGACUUCCUGGACCUGCUGAGGUCCACGUUCCCUCAGCUGGCGGCUCAGAGACCGUUUGACGUCUUCACGUCGGACCGGACGAAGACGCUUCAGCCUCUGAGGGUGGAGACGCUGACGCCUGAGGAGAUCUGCAGGAGCAUCCGGCUCUCUGGAGGAGGAAACUCUGCCCUCUACAUCCGCCUGAAGAGCGGAGAGGAUCCUCAGAGUGAAGACCUCCGUCCUCUGCAGAGAUCAGCUGCUUCUCCGUCCGGAUCGGCAACGACGUCAGCGGACGAGACGGAAACCUUCACCAGGUUGUCUUCCCCCUCGGCUCAGUCUGACAAGAGGAGGCGUGGCAGACCGCGUCUCGGGGAGGAGCCGACCCACCGCGUCCUCCGAGUCUGUCUGCUGGAGGACGGCCGCUCCGACCUUCUGACCUCCAGAGUGCCGGACAGGUCCUCGGUCCAGGAGGUCAGGUGUCCCCGAGGACUCCAGGAGGAGGACUUCCUGGACCUGCUGAGGUCCACGUUCCCUCAGCUGGAGGGACGACCGGAACCGCUGGAGGUCUUCAGGUCGGACCGGAGCCGCCGGCUGCAGAGGAUCACCGUGACGACGCUGACGCCAGAGGAGAUCCUCAGGAAUCGAACCGCCGGGGAGAAGACGCUGAUCUACAUCAGACUGAAGACAGGGGACAAGGAGGAGGAGGAGGAGCUUAACCUUUCACAGAGAAGAGAUGAUGUCACGAGUGAUGAUGUCAUCAGCGAUUCUCCAUCGGCUGCUGUGACGAAGAAUAGUGAAGAAGCCGAACUCAGCUCAAGCCCCGUUCAACAUGAAGGAGGAAACGGAGCGGACGUCCCGUCACAGCGACAGGAUGAGGAAACGGAGGACGCCGCUGAUGAAGACGCAGACGACGACUGGGAACCCGAUCUGCCGCAGACGAGGAAGAGGAAGCGAGCAGCCAAAGCGUCCGCCGUGGAGCGGGAGUUGACCCCGAGCGUUAAAACGGCGUGUGCAGUCUGUGGCGUCUGGUACAGGACACGAGGCAGUCUGAUCAAACACGCCUGGAGCCACGCAGACGAGCCGCGGUGCGUCUGCGGCGUCUGCGGCCAGCGGUUCGAGUCCACGGACGACUUAAAGGGACACCUUAAAAAAUAUCAGAAGACUCAUGAGUGCUCGUCCUGCAGGAAGUCCUUCCUCACCGCCACCGGCCUCCGCUGCCACGCCACGCUCCACACGGGGAACCGGCCCUUUAAGUGCGACGUCUGCGGGAAGACGUUCGCUCACGUGUCCAGCCUGAGUAACCACCGCUGGGUCCACGUGGAGGAGAAACCCUACAGGUGCACCGUCUGCCCGAAGGCCUUCGGUCUGAGGGCGCAGCUCCGAGCGCACGUGAAGGUCCACACGGGUCGGGACCGGUACCACUGCUCCGUGUGCGGGAAGUCUCUGUACGACCUGCGCUCCCUCACGCGCCACAAGGCCACGCACUCGGGGGAGCGGCGCUACGGCUGCGACGUCUGCGGGAAGCGCUUCAAGCUCUCGUGCACGCUGAAGUCUCACGAGAAGACGCACACGGUCCGGGAGCGUCCGUUCCUCUGCCACGUCUGCUGCAAGACCUUCCUGUCCAACUGCGGCCUCACGGCUCACAUGCGGACGCACAGCGGCGAGCGGCCGUUCGCGUGCGGCGUCUGCGGCAAAGGGUUCGUGUCCAACGGCGAGCUCAGGGCGCACACGCGCGUGCACACGGGCGAGGCGCCGUACGGCUGCUCGCAGUGCGGACGCUUCUUCAAGCGCAAGACGCACCUGAGCAACCACGUGAGGAGCCACCUGGGCGUCAAGGCGUUCGUGUGCGGCGUCUGCGGGAAGCCGUGCGCCCGCCAGGAGCACCUGACGGUCCACAUGAGGACGCACAACGGGGAGAGACCGUACCAGUGCACCGUCUGCGAGCGGGCCUUCACCCAGAGCCAUUGUCUGAAGACGCACAUGAAGAGCCACCGCGGGGGGGCGGGGGGGGAGGAGGACACGCUCCUGAACGCACCGUGAACCAUUCAGGGGUCACGAAGGUCGACGGAGAACUGGAACUCAAAAAUACACCCUCCUGUUCAGAUCGAACCACGCUGAAUGGGUCAUGAAUCAGCAGAAAAAAACUGAGUAUCAGCAGAUACGGAUGUUUUUGUCGUUUUGUUUUGUCUAAAUUAUCUCCUUUUUAUUUUGUUAAAGUCUUCCAUAGUUCUUAUUUACAUAAAAACACACAAUUCAAACGAUUAGGAAGCAAAAUAUUAUAUUUUUAUUGUCAUUAUUAGUUUUAAUGAUGUUUUAUAAUCUGUUUAGUGUUAAGAAGUUAAACAUAAUAAUUCAUCUCUAAUAUCUGUUUUAUAUUAAUGUGAAAACAUCUUCAAACAUCUGGAUUUGUUCUAGUUCAUCACCAACACUACAUUUUACAGAUUACAGUGAACACAUCACGAUAACCUUCUGUCCUACAGAGCUUGAACGCAUCAUACUGUAGCUAAAUGGAACCUCCAUGCGUUAGCCGUUAGCUCUGGUUUUGCUAACGUUACUCGCUCUCCUGCUGAUUUAAACAUAAACGAUAUUAAAACUUUUUUUCACACUUUGGUGGUUAAACUGUGUAAUUAAUAAACUGCUCAGAUUUCUACUCA